AUGCCUCUUCACAAACCUGAACCCGCGCGCCCGGUCAACACCACGGUGGAGACUCAAACCGACUCCAGCCGACCGCUCUCUGCCACCCCUUCGAAACUGUCAAUUUCCGGAACGCGCGACUUCGGUAUGAAGUUCAUGCCUGGUGUAGAGGACAUGCCAGUCAGCACGACUGGCAGUCAGCGAUCUCCCGACACCAACACGGAAGCGACUUGGACCAAUAGCCCGGUCAACGCACCGCCGACUUACUGGGAAGCACCACACUCGGAAGCCUCGACCGAGCUUGAUGACGAAGAUGAGGACGAACACCAUCCGUAUCUGUUGUCCUGGUGGUGGAUAUUAAAAGGGACAGGCCUCAUUCUAUUCGGUGUCUUCGCCAACGCUCUGGUUCUUGCGGAUGCGAUUGCGAAGUUGCUGCAUCACACGCCUGUUUUAUACGGUGAUACAACGGUUCGGAAAUGGCCAAGAGUCACCGGCGUUGUGGAUGGCUGUGCCGUAGGCGGCAAGUACCUGGGGCUUGGGAUCUACGAUGGCCUUGCCGACUGGGUCGUCCUGCCAUGUAAAGGAGCCAAGGAAGAGGGCGCGUUUGGUGCUUUCAAGGGAUUUCUGAGAGCGCCAGGUUCCACGAUGUUUAAGAUGGCUGCCGGCAUUGCGGGCAUCGUGGGCCAUCCUUUCUUUGGUAUCUACAAAGACAGCAAGAAAAUCCGAAUUACGAUCAAGCACAAGCGUACUAAGCACAGGAAGGAUACCUCUCAAGUGUGA